UUGGCCGUGGCAACAAAUAACAACGAGGGACUGAGGCAGACAAGAGUGCCCCUUGAAUGACGCUAGUCCCAACAGGCAUUAAUUGCACUUCCCAAAACGCGUCGCCUCACGCGUCAGUCACAUGACCGCCACGUCCUUGCCUGCGGGCCGCAUGGGGACUAGCUCCGUCCGCGUCACAUCAUCAAAACAAAAGAAGGCAAACAUCGCAGACGUCGGGGCAACCGAAAUCUAGACAAAGCUGGCCGCUGAUCGACGCUUUCCUCUUUUUGCGCCGUCGAACUUGGCUGACUGAUUCCGUUGCAUGGGUCUGGCCUACUUCUGUCAAAUCGGACUUUAUCUUUUUUCAGGGAGCACGGUUCCGGAGAGCCAUUGAUUCCAGUUGGACCUUGGUCACCCUGUGGCACCACAGCAUACCUGGAUCACCGUCGAUAGCGGCCAGAUCGUACCACCACCACUGUUCAUUCGACUCGUCUAUACGUGGACAUCAGAGACAAGAUGCCAUCUGGCCUCCGACGUCUCGCGGCAGACCACGCCGCCCUGCACGAGGACCUCCCUCCAAACUACCUUCAUCCCUCCGACGACUCAGGCGAUGAUUUGACUCAGCUCACGACCCUGCUGGCCGGUCCGCAGGGCACGCCGUACUCGCAGGGUCUAUGGCGAUUGCACCUGAAGAUGCCCGAGGAUUACCCCAAGAGCCCACCCAAAGCGACGUUCAGAACUCGCAUAUGGCAUCCGAACGUGGAGGAAUCGACGGGGGCUGUUUGUGUGGAUACCUUGAAGCGGGACUGGAAGCAGACGUUGACGUUAAAGGAUGUUCUUAUCACAAUCUCGUGUCUCCUCAUCUAUCCAAAUCCCGAUUCCGCCUUGAAUUCCGCAGCUGGAUCCCUUCUUCAGGAAAACUACGAGGCUUUUGCCCGCCAGGCAAAGCUGAUGACGUCGAUUCAUGCGCCUGUGCCGGCGGACAUGAAAAACGCAGUGUCGGAGGCAAAACUACGAGGGGAGGAUGCGGGAACAGUGAUCCCAGAACAGGAGGAUGCCCGACUAUUACGGUCUCGCAAGAACGUCAAGACUCAAACAUUGACGAUGAAGAAAACCACCGCACCCACCAUCACCACCCCUACCCCACCGACAACAUCAAAACCGCAACCGUCCCCAUACCAAUCCGACAACCAAGAUACUUCCGACGAAGAAGACGACGAGAACCAAUUUGAUGACACCGAAAACGACUCCCCCGCCCCUAUCUUCUCCGACGACGAGGAAAACCUCUCCGCCGCCAGCAAAGAGAACGAUCCCUCGCUCUCCCCAUCCCCAGUCAAAUUCUUCUCGUCCAGUCCCCGUAAGAAUGCCUUCGGCAAACGACCCCUCUCCGUCCUCACAGUCCCAGUCGACUACCCAGACCCGUCCUCAGCAAUGGGCAGGGAGAUGGACUCAGACGGAGACACGACCGACACCGACAGCGAUCACCCCAUGACAGCCUCCGAAAAGAACAUCGCCGCCAACUACCCCUCCAGCAUCAGCGACCCCCAAUACAACGACGCCCUCGACGGCUCCCCGCAGCGCAAAUCCCCGAAACUCUCCCUCCUCCACAAAGGCGCCAACUCCUCCGGCCGCGUCCGCGACGACCUUAAGAUCUUCGAGGACGUGCCCCCGGCAGGAAACACAAUGAAUCUAGACCGCCAACUCAGCGGCGACGGCAAAGAGAACCACGAAUCCUCCUCUUCUUCCUCCACAGGCCCCAAGGGUCUUCGAUCCCGCAAACCGCUCUCCACCUCUUUCCCGUCCUCCAUCCUCGCCCUCUCGUCAACACCCACAGCCACCAUCGCCAACGCCUGUCCCGCUCUCGGCGCUGGCCCCGGCCUCUCAACCCUCUCACGACCAGGUCUUCUGGGGUCCAGAAAGGUCUCCGGUGCCGGGACGAUGAAGAAAGCGAAACCGCGUCUCGGGAUCCGGAGACUAUAAAUCUUAAUUCUUUCUUUCUGUUUUUUUAGCAUUCAUCCCGGAACCCUCUAUUCCCCCCUUUAUCCUUUUUAUCUUAUUUUUGUUUUAUUCUAUGCCCUUGUCAGGGUGACGGGGUUUGCGCAUUGGCAUUACGUUUUAUGUUCAAAGUUCAAAAUUCAAGCAUGGGGAAUGGAUUCGGACUGGCGUGCAUGGCAUCUCUCUUCAUGAACCGGGAGGGACGGAUUGAGCGAGUGCAUUGGGUUGAUUAGGUGCUUUGGGGACGUUGGAUUGAUGGCGAUUGCAUGUUUUAUUGGAGUUACUUGAUUUAUCCGGAUAGAGUUGGUAUACUUGCUUAUCGAACAAAACUUAGUUAGCG